CGUUAUUAUAGUUAAUUACCAUACUUGGAGAAUCCUAAUUGAUAUAAGAAUCUCCAUCUCUAUAAACUACCUUGUACACAAUUAUUUCCUUGAGUUGAAAUCAUAAUUCAAUAUGGUAUCGGAGCCUAUUGAUCCGUGUCUUCCGUCUAGGUAACGCAAGGAAAAAAAAUCGGCCCUGCCGAUUGCUCAUCUUCCCCACGCCGCCGAUCUCCAUCAAUCGGCCAUGGCUACUCUCUCCUCUGAUCCCAUGGAUUGUCUGCCUACGGGUCUGAAAUUAUUUGUCCGGAAUCUUCAAUCUUUAACUCCGGUCAAACUUGAUGAUACAAAUUAUCUUUCUUGGUCCGCUACGGUUCGUGCAAAUCUCAUCGCUCAUCGUCUCCUCGGUUAUGUUGAUGGUUCAGAAGUGCCUCCUCCAUCUCUUGUUCUGGACGAGAAAGCUGCCGCCCUUGGCAAGGAUGAACCGCCGGUUAUGAAACCCAAUCCGGCUUAUGACUCAUGGGUCCUUGUUGAUGCUCAAAUUCGGGCUUGUCUUCUUGCUAUUGUUUCUCCAACCGUUCAGGCGCAUAUUCAUGCUCUUCCAACCUCUGCUGCAAUCUGGAAUCACCUUGAACAACGGUAUUAUUCUCUUUCACGUACUCAUAUUUUCCAGUUGAAGGAGCGCCUACAUAGCAUUCAAAAGGGCACUGAUUCAAUGCAAACAUACCUGGACACUGUACUAACUAUUGUCUCAUCCCUGAAAUUGGCUCAUGAGGACAUCUCUGAACAAGAUAUUAUCUUGUGUGUGCUUCGUGGCCUCCCUACGGACUACGCCUCGCUCAAACAGAACAUUCGUACUAAUAUUGCAACUGUCACAUUUAAUCAAGUAUCUGCGUGGUUGAUAUCUGAAGAAUUAAAUCUCACCUUUGAGAAGAAACUCCACCUUGGUGACUCUGGCUCUCCCUCGUCAACAGAUCUUCAUCAAGCCUUAUUCACCAAUCCAGGACGGGGUAUUGGCCGGGGUCGUGGCCGUGGGCCGUAUCAUGGCCGUGGUGGGCCCUCCCGCGGCAGCAGCUACAGCGGCAGAGGAGGCCAGCUGCUUUCCUACCGUGAUGAUCCGAGAGGUCGCGGUGGUGGGCGUGGGGCUGGCAUCACAUGUCAAUUGUGUGGGAAGACCGGUCAUGCGGUCUGGAAUUGUUGGCACCGCUACGAUGAAUCUUAUUCCGGUCCUCCUCAGGCAUACUACACCAACUAAUCUGUUGAAACCAAUCCGAACUGGCAUCUGGACACCGGAGCAAAUACCCAUGUGACGUCUCACUUUUCUCGGCUACAUACUUCUUCACCGUACCAUGGCACCAACUCUAUUACAACUGCGGGAGGUAAUACUUAUCCCAUUGACCAUACAGGCUCAGGUAUACUAACCACUUCAAACCAUACUUUUACCUUAACCAACCUUCUUCAUUCCGCUCAUAUUAACUCUCACCUACUAUCUGUUCGUCAAUUUACCAAAGAUAAUAACUGUUCUCUACUUUU